GUUUCGCAGGCAGGGUAGUGCAAAAGAAAACAUCACCAAACAUUAGUCACAAUUACGAAGCCGUGUGAAAUAGUUCUUUUUGUUAUCUGUAAACAGUAUGGAAACUUGCCCGUAUUUGGGGGACUGUAGUUACUCUUUUCGAUUUCCUAAAGAACCGGCAUACGGGAAAGAAAUUACAAUAAAGGCUGUUCUUCGAGAAAGUGUACAAAGAUUUUCCAUAAACUUAUGCUUGGAUCCACCGAAUCCAUGUGAGAUAGACGCUGAACCGGGAUGGAUAGCGUAUCAUUUCGGGAUAGACUUUACCGAUGAAGGUGGCAAUUGUAGAGUUACUCAACGCAGUAGAAACGUGUGCUGGGAUGAACCGUCGGUCUGCGAUGAUGAAUUUUUGAAUGGUCGAACCAUACACAUAAUUUUUCGUUUGGAUGAAGAAAAAAUAAAGGUAUACCACGAAGAUACGCAACAGGCGCCGAACUACGAAUAUAGUCCAACACUGCCAAUUCAUCUUAUACGUACCGUCGAGCUGCGAGGAGACAUAGACCAGGUGGAUGCAAUCGAACUGAAAUAUACGACAUUUCCCAAUUAGCUGUGCAUGCUGUUCAUUUCAUUGUCCAAGAACUUGGAAUAAACUAUAAGACCUGCUACCAAGUGUA